CCCCCUCAUGGUGUUUGCUCUGAUAUACAUUGUUAGCUGUGAGAUCUUAUAUAGACAGGGCUGUGUCUGAUCUCUACAGGCAGUUCUUUCUCCUCAUGGCAUGGUGUUUGCUCUGAUAUACAUUGGCAGCUGUGAUACCUUAUAUAGACAAGACUGUCUCUGAGCUCUACAGGCAGUUCUUUCUUCCUCAUGGCUUGGUGUUUGCUCUGAUAUAUAGACAGGGCUGUGUCUGAGCUCUACAGGUAGUUCUUUACUCCUCAUGGCUUGGUGUUUGCUCUGAUAUAUAGACAGGGCUGUGUCUGAGCUCUACUGGUAGUUCUUUCCACCUCAUGUCUUGGUGUUUGCUCUGAUAUCUAGACAGGGUUGUGUCUGAGCUCUACAGGCAGUUCUUUCCUCCUCAUGGCUUGGUGUUUGCUCUGAUAUAUAGACAGGACUGUGUCUGAGCUCUGCAGGCAGUUCUUUACCUCUCAUGUCUUGGUGUUUGCUCUGAUAUCUAGACAGGGUUGUGUUUUGUCCAAUCAGAUAAAUUUACCACAAAUUACUAAUAAAAAUGGAGAAACAUCUCAGAGAUGAUCGGGAGAAAUGGGAGGAGUCAGAGCUAAAUAUCACGUGUCAUAGCAAAGGGUCUGAAUACUUAUUUCUUUGGAAAAUUUUAGUUUUACGUUUCUUUUGUAAAUUAGUAUGAAUGUCUAAAAUUCAAUUUCUAGACAUGCUGGGGGUUGUAGUUUUGCACCAGCCGGAGACAACAGGUUUAGAGGCUCUGUAUACUUAUUAACAUUAGGUUGCCAUGGAAACAGUCAACUAAUCUUUCCCGUCCGCCCAGCGCCUGUUCUGACAGCGGAACUACACUUCCCAGCAUGCCUCGCCAUACACUAAGCCGGUCGCUCUUCAUGGGAUUUGUAGUCCGCCGGCACCGCAUUCUAACAAGGCCACGUCAUAAUCAUAAGCCCGCCGUCAUGUGACGAUACUGAACCGGACAGAGAUCGAUCCAUAAAUAGUCAGGUUCGUUUAAAAAAAACAACAACAAAAAAAACAAGAGGAAACUUUAGAUUGUCUGAAGUGCGGCUGCGUGUGACGUCAUAACGCCGCGCCGCCCUGAGAGGGUGACGGGGACGCGCGGGGCGGUGUGUGGAGAGCAGCAUGGCUCGGGCGGUGGCGGGGCUGAUGGUGUCCGCUCCUGUGGUGUGACCGCGGACCGCACCGGACAACAUGGAGGACGUGAAGCUGGAGUUCCCCUCACUGCCGCAGAGCAAGGAGGACGCCGAGGACUGGAGUUAUCCAAUGAGAAGGGAGAUGCAGGAGAUUUUACCUGGCCUGUUUUUGGGUCCGUACUCCGCAGCAAUGAAGAGCAAGCUUUCCAUAAUUCAGAAAUACGGCAUCACGCACAUAAUCUGCAUAAGACAAAGCAUCGAGGCAAACUUCAUCAAACCAAACUUUCAACACCUAUUUCGAUAUUUGGUGCUGGAUAUUGCAGAUAAUCCCAUUGAGAACAUUAUCCGUUUUUUCCCUACGACGAAGGAAUUCAUCGAUGGAUGUUUACAAUCUGGAGGUAAAGUCCUCAUUCACGGGAAUGCAGGAAUCUCCAGAAGCGCUGCCUUGGUGAUUGCAUACAUCAUGGAAACCUUUGGCGUAAAGUACAGGGAUGCCUUCACAUACGUUCAAGAAAGAAGGUUCUGCAUUAACCCCAAUGCUGGAUUUGUACAUCAACUUCAGGAAUAUGAAGCCAUCUAUCUAGCAAAAUUAACCAUCAAGAUGAUGUCCCCUCUACAAUUGGGGAGGACCUUCUCCUUACAGUCUGGUGCUACAGGAAGUCUGAAGCGGACGCUGGAGGAGGACGAUGAGUUUGGGAAUAUGCAGGUGUCUGCGGCCCACGAGGGCUGACUUCCCAAACUACCCCCCCCAAUAUGGACCCGCAGCUCCGCCCCCCGCGGCUCAUGUCACCUUCUUGUCCAGGUGCUGCUAUUGUACUUUAUAGACGAUAACAGGACUUUCCAUGGACAAGCAGAUUUCACUGAUUGUUUUACUGCUUUUUUACACGGCUGUUUUACUGAAGAAUUCUUUUUUUUUUUUUUUUCUAUUUUGACGUGCAAAGAGGUAUUACUGCAAUAACGCACUUUUUCAUACUUGAAGUUUUUUUUUUUUGUAUAAUAGAAAUGAAUUUCAUGCUGCAAUGCAACCGAUGGGAGGAAAAAAAAAAAAACCUUUCUACCUAAAAGUUAUUUGUUUAAUUUAUAAGAGAGAGAAAAAAAAAAAAAGCUUUAGUAAUGAAAUGUUUGCUAAACUUUUUGGGGUAUUUUUUUUUUUUUUUUUUUUGUAAAUACAUUUUAUAGGUUUAGAAAUUCUGGAAGUUUUUAACAAACCAAAUUCUAUACUUAGAAAGAGGGAGAAAAAAAAAAAAAAACUUCUGCUCUUUGGGGUGGAUUGUAUACUGUUCAUAUAACCUUUAAAAGUUUCAAGAUCCUUUUUUUUUUUUUUUCCUUUUUUUUUUUUUUUUUUUUUAAUGAAAUUUAUAUUGUGGCAUUGAGCUUGUUCCUACAUAACACAUUGUUCCAAUUUUUUUCCAAAUAAACAGAUGUAAAUUUAAUACUCAAAAUUAUGUUUCUUUAGUAUAAAAGGAAACUGCAGGAUGAGCCACUGUUAUAUACGUGUA